AUGGAUGUGCAAAACGCGCAGAAACUUCUGCGUAUUGCAAUUCUCGUACUGGUAGCGGGCGCUGCCGUUCUGAGUCGAUUGUACUCGGUCGUGAAUUUUGAAAGUAUCAUUCACGAGUUCGACCCGUGGUUCAACUUCAGAGCUACCCGGUACCUGUCGAGUCACGGCUUUGACAGCUUCCUUAACUGGUUCGACAACCGUACUUGGUAUCCGUUAGGUCGUGUUACAGGUGGCACACUUUAUCCUGGUCUCAUGGUGACUUCGAACGUAGUGCACACCAUGCUGUCCAAAAUCGGCAUUCCUCUGGACAUUCGCAACGUUUGCGUGCUGUUUGCGCCUGCAUUCUCUGGACUCACCGCCUAUAUGGCGUAUCUGUUCGGAUGCGAGUUGAAAGAUGAAACUGCUGGUCUCUUGGCUGCCAUUUUCCUUGGUAUGGCUCCCGGCUAUACCUCUCGUUCAGUCGCAGGUUCGUACGACAAUGAGGCCAUCGCAAUUACUUUGCUCAUGACCACUUUUUACUUCUGGAUCAAGGCUCUAAAGCUGGGCUCUGUUUCUUGGGCGGCCGCUUGUGCCUUGUCGUACUUUUACAUGGUGUCUGCUUGGGGUGGCUAUGUAUUCAUCACAAACAUCAUUCCGCUACAUGUCUUCGUUUUGCUGCUUAUGGGUCGUUUCCACUCGCGUGUUUAUGUCGCCUAUUGCACAUGGUAUGCUUUGGGAACUCUGGCCAGUAUGCAAAUCCCCUUUGUCGGCUUCUUGCCCAUCCGGUCUUCUGAGCACAUGAGCGCUUUGGGUGUAUUUGGUCUUUUGCAGCUCGUUGCAUUUGCAGACUAUGUGCGUGCAAAGGUCUUGGAAAGACAGUUCCGUUUGUUCGUAGUUUCCUUUGUCGUCAUUGUUGUCGCCAUUGCCUUUGCUGCCCUUUUGGGUCUGACGUGGCUCGGGGUUAUUGCUCCUUGGACGGGCCGUUUCUACUCUCUUUGGGAUACUGAAUACGCUAGAAUUCACAUCCCUAUCAUUGCUUCUGUCUCAGAACACCAGCCUACUGCCUGGCCGUCAUUUUUCAACGACCUGUCGUUCUUGAUCUGGUUGUUCCCGGUGGGUAUUUACAUCUGCAUCCAAGAGCUCCGUGACGAGCACGUUUUCUUGGUUGUUUACGCUGUCUUGGGCUCCUACUUUGCUGGUGUCAUGGUCAGAUUGAUGCUCACUUUGACUCCGAUUGUUUGUGUGGCCGGUGGCUUGUCAAUCUCCUCUUUGUUGGAUGUUUACAACCAAUGGAAUGUACCAGUAUCUAAGGCACCUGCCGUCGAGACCAACGCCAAAGUAUCAAAGAAGGCUGCUAAGGCUAAGGAACCAGCUGAUGCAGCUCCUGAACCCAAAGAAGUCCAAGGAUUCUUUGCUUCCUUCAAGAGUGCAAACAUCACCUCGUCGAUUUCCAAAGUGGUUGUGCUGGUCACCUUCUUUGGAUACCUAGCUAUGUUUGUAUCGCAUUCAAACUUUGUGACUCAAUCAUCAUAUUCCUCGCCCUCAGUGGUACUGGCUUCGAAUAUGCCGGAUGGUUCCCAGUUCCUGAUUGACGACUUCCGUGAGGCAUACUACUGGUUGCGUAUGAACACCCCUGAGGAUGCCAAAGUGAUGUCGUGGUGGGAUUACGGUUAUCAAAUUGGUGGUAUGGCCGACCGUACCACUUUGGUCGACAACAACACCUGGAACAACACCCAUAUCGCUACGGUUGGUAAAGCCAUGGCUUGUGACGAGGAAACCGCCUAUCCCAUCCUUCGCCAGCAUGACGUCGACUACAUUCUUGUUGUCUUUGGCGGCUUGCUUGGGUUCUCUGGUGAUGAUAUCAACAAAUUCCUGUGGAUGGUCCGUAUCGCUGAGGGAAUCUGGCCCGAAGAGGUCAGCGAAGGACGCUACUUCGCGCGCGGCCAGUACCGGGUUGACAGCGAAGCUACCGAGACUAUGAAAAACUCUCUCAUGUACAAAAUGUCGUACUACCGCUUCCCUGAGGUCAACAACGGCGCCGAUCGUGUUCGCGGCCAGAGACUGUCUCCCUCCGAUGCCCCAACCUUGAACAUUGUUGAUGAGGCAUUCACAUCACAAAACUGGCUCGUGCGUAUCUACAAAGUCAAGGAUUUGGACAAUCUUGGUCGACAAGUGCCAGCAGCUGCAGCAUUCGAUCGGGCUCAUUAG